AAUGGACAUAAGGAAUUGUUUCAAAUACGACGAGGAUGGCAUAAUUACAGACUGUCCCAAGUGUUCGAGUUCAUUGAAAUACUUUAAUAACUCGAAGUUUAAGAGAAACGACAAGAUGUCUAAAAGACUGGACGUGGUCAACUAUGUGAUGCAAAUCGUGUCCACCGGAGUUCGGCCGGACAACAUCUACGAGGUUCAAUUAACUCAUAACUGGCUACUAAAUUGAAUUAAAUAUAAGUGAUACAGCUAUUGUUGUCAUAGGCAAAAAUGUAUCUGUCGCCGGAAGUAGACCUGUCUUCUAUCAAAAUCACCGUAAAAGGGAACAAUCUUCGCAUUAACGUGUGCAAACCAUUGAACGAUCAGUUCGCUAAACACCUGCCCGAUAUUAGCGAGAGAUCGGUGCUAGGCGAAUUGGUAAAGAAAAUGAUGAGGCACGCUGAGAAUCUGCUCAUACCAGAGGGUAUCGACAGCGCGAAAGUUCGAGCAGUGGUGGACAAUAAAAACAGGAUGCUCGUACUCACGGCACCUACGUUGAAAUUUAACAAGGCGAAGAAGAACGUAGAGAAGAGCUGAGAAGUAAUAUUCGCUCUUCUCGCACGAAGCUAUGAGCAAUCGAAAAUGCAAAGUUUGAUAAGAUAAAUGACAAGCGAUCGAUGUCAAGAUUAAUCAGUGCACUUCGGUUGACCCGUGAAAAAUUUAAACUUAACCCAGUUCCUGUUUCACAUUCUAUAAUGGACAAACUACCGCAGCAUUGUCAAGAGAACGCAAUCAUUUUAGAGCGAAACGAGUACAUGAACCUCGAGAUGAUGACGAACGGUCACAAAAUGGGUGUCACGUUUGAAAAAGUUCCCGGUUUCUACGUCAUCGAAGACAGAGAAUAUUACGCCGUACGUUCGACGAUUCGAUUGAACUGUUCGUUUGAUUAAUGCCUUGUGUACUUGUAGGCGGAAAUGAAGACCGAAGGGAUGAAAGUAGGAACAGCUACUUUAGCCACAGAGAACUUGUUGAACAUAAAAUUGCACAGUUCAAAGGACUUGUCGAACAUUAGGAAUCUGAACUUCCUCAUACCGGCAGAAGCUAACGCGAAAGAAGUAUCGAUAGAAAUGCUUAACG